UUGUGGCGGACGGUAUCGGGUUGGGAAGGCAGCCCGUGUCUCUGCUCCCUCUGCCUGCACAGCCAGGGAGCCGGGCAGGGGUGGGGGGGUAAAGUGUUCCUGCUUACCCCAGGCUGGAGCUGAGUGCAAUGAGGAGGUCCCGGGCGGUUCGCCUCGCCGCUCUCACCUGCCUGGGAUCCUUCCUCCUCCUCGUCCUUUACUUCCAAGGCAGUUUCAGCCCAGUGACUGGUCGGCUGGUUCCGACAGGGGCUGGUGGAAAGGGCAAGGGAGCUGGAGUCCGUCAGCGCCACAAUGCCGAGAAGUUUGCCCGUAGCGAUGCCCAGCAGAUCCAUGAGCAUCGGCGAGCCAUGUUGAACAACAACUGUGCCGCCCACAAGCUGAGCCGGAAACGGCGCAUCCUGAACGCCGGUGACCUGCGGCACCUCAUCGUGGAUGACCAGCACGGCCUGCUCUACUGCUACGUGCCCAAGGUGGCCUGUACCAACUGGAAGAGGGUGAUGAUGGUACUGACCGGGGCUGGCAGGUACACUGACCCCCUGACCAUUCCGGCCAGUGAGGCGCACGUGGCCUCGAACCUGCGCACUCUGGACAGCUACGGCACUGCCGAGAUCAACCACCGGCUGAGGAACUACCUCAAGUUCAUCUUUGUCCGCGAGCCCUUUGAGCGGCUGCUCUCCGCGUACCGCAACAAGUUCACCCGCAGGUACAACACCGCCUUCCACAAACGCUACGGGACGAAGAUCAUCCGUGAGCACAGGCACAACCCCAGUCCCGAGGCUUUGGAGCGGGGAGCCGAUGUCACCUUCCAGGAGUUUGUCUGGUACCUGGUGGACCCCAAGACCAGGAGGGAGGAGCCCUUCAAUGAGCACUGGGAGACGGUUUACUCCCUGUGCCAUCCCUGCCUGAUUCACUAUGACGUGGUGGGCCAUUAUGAAACGCUGCUGCAAGACGCCCAUUACCUCCUGGACCUGGUGGAACCCGACCACCGCGUCAAGUUCCCCUCGUCCAACGUGUCGUCGCGGACCACAGACCACAUGACGGCCAUGUUCUUCCAAAAGAUCUCCCCGUUUUACCAGAGGAAGCUGUAUAAACUAUACAAACUUGACUUCACCCUGUUCAACUACUCCAUCCCUUCCUACCUGAGCCUACACUGACCGUGCCGCGGACCCUCCUGUCUUCAGUGUGGACCUGAGGGAUUUGCAGAGAGACAUGGGCAAGAGAGACCCUUCAGCCCAUCAUCCAUCGAUUCUCAUCCUCUUGUCCAGCCUUUAUUCAAGUGCUCAUCUCAGUAGCUUUUUAAAAAUUUCAUUCACGGGAUGAGGGUGUCCCUGGCCAAGUCAGUAUUUAUUGCCCCAUCCCUAAUU